CGUGCUAGGCUGCAAGCAGUUUCUGUAGCUCCGUCAAGAAAACAAACUCCAGUGGAGUUUUAGGUGUUUUUAACGAGGAGGAAUUUAAUAAAAUAAGUAGUUGAUGUCAUUUGGUGGGACGCAGAACGGCGGUCGCCGCAGUAAGUGGGACCAGCCGGGUCCGGCUUCCAUGGCGGAGAGUGAGGCAGCGCCCACCGGUGCCCUGGAUGCGGCGGCCGCCGUGGCAGCUAAAAUCAAUGCCAUGCUGGUGGCCAAGGGCAAACUCAAGCCAUCGCAGAUUGGUGUGCCUGGAGCUCCUGACAAAGUGGCAGGGGCUGGGAAGGCAUUGCCAGCCAUGAAGACAAAGGAUGACCUUGUCGUGGCGGAGGUGGAGAUCAACGAUGUCCCUCUCACCUGUCGGAAUCUGUUGACCCGCGGGCAGACGCAGGAUGAGAUAAGCAGGGUGAGUGGUGCAGCCGUGUCCACCAGAGGGCGCUACAUGACAGCAGAGGAGAAGGGCAAGGCUCUGCCAGGGGAUCGUCCUCUGUACCUGCACGUCCAAGGACAAACAAGAGACCUUGUCGACAGAGCAGUGAACAGGAUUAAGGAGAUCAUCACCAAUGGGGUGGUGAAGGCUGCCACCAGCUCCAGCUCCUCGUACAAUGGUGCCACGGUCACCGUCUACCACCAACACGCCCCGCCACCCCCUUCACUGCCUCCCAUGGGCCACAAACCACACUUUCAGUCAGGGAUGCAUUAUGUACAGGAUAAGCUCUUUGUGGGCCUGGAGCAUGCUGUCCCGGGCUUCAAUGUAAAGGAGCGUGUAGAAGGCCCAGGCUGCUCCUACCUGCAACACAUCCAGGCGGAGACCGGGGCCAAGGUCUUCCUCAGGGGCAAGGGCUCGGGCUGCCUCGAACCUGCAUCUGGCCGGGAGGCCUUCGAGCCCAUGUACAUCUACAUCAGUCACCCCAAGCCUGAAGGCCUGGCUGCAGCUAAGACACUGUGUGACAACCUGCUGCAGACUGUGCACGCGGAGUAUUCACGCUUCCUCAGUCAAAUGAGUGCCAUGAUGCCCACCCCAGGAUUUAUCCAGCCUCCAGCUAUAAAUGGAAUGCCACCUCAGCCCCCCUACUACCCUCCUACAGGGUACCAGCCCAGCUACCCCCUCCCUGUUCCACCCCCGCAGCCUGUCCCGCCCCCGUACCCAGUACCCCCUCCGGUCCUCCCGGGGGCAGCAGCCACAAUGCCCCCUCCCAGCUCGCAGUACCCUGUCACCCCUGCCCCUGCCUCCAUCACACAGCCCCCUCUGCCCGGACCUUUCCCCCCGUCUGCUCCAGCCCAGCCCAAAGCCACGCCCACUCCAGUGCCCGCCAACCCCCCACAGAAGCGACGCUUCACUGAGGAGGUGCCAGACGAAAGGGACAGCGGGCUGCUCGGAUACCAGCAUGGACCCAUUCAUAUGACUAAUUUAGGUGCAGGCUUCUCUGUGGGCAGCCCAGAGGCUUCAGGACCCCCUCCAGCCAGUUCCCCUGGGGCUCCAACUGAGAGGGACAGUAGGCAGCUAAUGCCUCCGCCACCCCUGCCGAUGAAUGGAGUACGACCCAAGACAGAGGAGAGGAGGCCGCUGACUGGCUCCCUGGAGCCAGCAGCAAAGCGCAUGAAGACCGGGCUGGUGGCCUACACAGGAGACUCCUCGGACGAAGAGGACGAUCACGUGACCUCCAAGACUGCUGGGGCAGGUAACGGGGGAGGGGCCUCCUCCACUGGCUGGACGCUGGGGUACCGUUGCCCCCCUCCCCCACCCCCGCGCCCCAAAACACAGGCCCAGCAGCCCAUGCCAUUUUGGAUGGCGCCAUGAGAGACUUUCAUCUCCUUCCUCCAUUCCUGCCACCCCACUGCUUGUCUUUACUUUUAAUAGUGGGAAGGUGGGGGCCCACUCUCCCAAUCACUCGUUUUUUUUUUUUGUUUUGUUUUGUUUUUUUUAAAUGCCUCUAUCCUCAGUAGUGAAAAGGUAUGGUGCUAAAAUCGGGUGAUUGUCACCAGGGAUAUGAAUCCAGGAAUCCAAGUUGGCCGCAUUCAUGGCUGUCUGUAGGGAUGAACACCAGACACUGGGACUUGAUUGACUCAAUGCAGCAGUGCUGUGGACUGUCAUACGAGCCGGGUCCUGAUACAUUGUGAAAUAUGGAGUAAACAGACAGACAUGCCAUGAAUUUUUAUUGAGUGGGGGAAACUGAUGGAAAAUGACUAUCGCGCAUCUCCAGGAGCAGAGUGUUGCUUGUACGAGUGAUGAAAUGGUGAACUGGAAAAUGGAAGAAUUGUAACAGAAUUACCUUGUAAUGAUGGGGUGCGCAUACCCCUCCUGCAUCCUCCCUCAGUCCCAGCUCUCUACACCUCUCCAUGUUCAAAUCUGAAAGAUGUCCUACCCCUCUAGGCCUGCAUGGGAAAUCCUCCACACAAGGUCCCACGAUGUUCAUUGCAACCCACACUGCUCUAUCAUCUCUCCCUCUCUCUCUCCCCUUGCUUUUGUUGAAUAAAUUAAUAUUGUUAUUUAUUUGUUUAUAUUUGCUUGUUUUCAGGUGUGUGGCAGUGAUUAAUUUUUCCCCACUUUUCCUAAUGUCCCACUUUCAGAUUGGAGAGGCAAAAUGGAAUUGAAACUGGUGAACCUCACUCACUUUCCUCUGUUGCCUGUGUGUACAAUGCAGGUUGUUUGGUUCAGAUUCCGUGAUCAUGUUUUCCAAAAAUAAAGACCUUCCUGGUGUAA